AUGAGUUCCUACCAGCAGAAGCAGCCCCUUGUUCCACCCCCUCAGCCUCAAGACCAGCAGAGGAAACAGCCCUCCCAGCCUCUACCAAAAGUACCCUUUGUUCCCAUCACCACGGAACCAUGCCACCCAAAUGUUCCACAACCUGAGAACACCAAACUUCCUGAGCCAGGCUGUAGCAAGGUCCCUGAGAAGGGAUACACUAUAGUCCCUGAGCCAGGCAGCACUGUGGUCCCUGGACCAUGCAACACCAGUGUCCCUGAUCCUGGCUGCACCACAGUCCCUGAGCCAGGCUAUUCAAAGGUUCCUGGGCCUGGUUAUGCCACAGUGACUGGGCCAUGCAAUACCAGCAUCCUGGAGCCUGCCUAUGCCACAGUGACUGGGCCAUGCAAUACCAGCGUCCCUGUGGCAGGCUGCACAGUCCUUGAAUCCGGCUAUGCAAAGGUUCCUGAGCCAGGCUACACCAUGGUACCAGAGCCAAGCCAGGCCAAGGUUCCUCAGUCUUGCCCCUCAGUAGUCACUCCAAGCCCAGCUCAGCCAAAGACCAAGCAGAAGUAA